AAUCGAUCCUCGAUGAAGGAAGGCAACGUAGCCAGCUCCAUCUGUCUUCUUCUAGCUCUCGUUGGAAAGGUUGCGGCAUUUUGGCUGAAUUUACUUCGCCGCUUGUAACCUUCAACAUAUAAAACCAAGAUGGGUCGUGUUAUUCGUGCCCAACGUAAAGGUGCCGGAGGUAUUUUCAAGUCCCAUACGAAGCAUCGUAAGGGAGCACCCAAGUUUCGCCCUGAAGAUUUCGCUGAACGUCAUGGAUACAUCAAGGGAGUCGUCAAGGACAUCAUCCAUGAUCCUGGUCGUGGAGCUCCCCUAGCUGUGGUCCACUUCCGUGACCCCUACAGGUACAAGACCAGGAAAGAGAACUUCUUGGCUGUUGAGGGCAUGUACACUGGCCAAUUCAUCUACUGCGGCAAGAAAGCUACCCUCCAGAUUGGCAAUGUUUUACCUGUUGGCACCAUGCCUGAAGGUACUAUUGUCUGCAACGUUGAGGAGCAACACGGUGACCGAGGUACCCUUGCCCGUACAUCUGGUAACUACGCCACCGUUAUUGGACACAACACUGACACGAAAAAGACCCGUGUUAAGCUGCCUUCUGGAGCUAAGAAAGUCGUUUCUUCCAGCAACCGUGCCAUGGUUGGUAUUGUUGCUGGUGGUGGACGUAUCGACAAGCCCAUCUUGAAGGCUGGACGUGCUUACCACAAGUACAAGGCUAAGCGUAACUGCUGGCCAAUUGUCAGAGGUGUAGCCAUGAACCCCGUUGAGCAUCCCCACGGAGGUGGUAACCAUCAACACAUUGGUAAAGCUUCCACCGUCAAGAGGAGUACUCCUGCUGGUCGCAAAGUUGGUCUUAUCGCUGCCAGGCGAACUGGUCGUAUUCGUGGUGGCAAAGUUGAAAUUAAGGGUGAUGAUUAAACAUGUUGUCAUCUUGUACCUCCUACCAAUACACGUCGGAGCAGACCAAAA